AUGACCACAGUACUGCAUAAGGUAGCUGUGCUUCUAUUGGUGUUCGCCACCACAGUGCUUCUCACCUCCACCCAGAGAGUUCAUGCAAACGUCAAUGACUUAACGGAUGCGGAUGAUAACUCGGGUGUGGUGACUCUCCUUGAUGAUACCUUUGACGCCUAUGUAUUUCCAAAAGAGGAAAGAGUAAAGCCACAAGCAUGGUUUAUUUUCUUUUAUGCCCCAUGGUGUGCCCAUUGUAAGUCUUUACUACCACAAUUCACAAAUGUUAGUCGUCUCCUGCGUGAAAGUGGUCUCCCACACGCGAAGUUUGCUCUUGUAAAUGCGGUAAAAAACAAAGCCCUUGCCUCACGUUUUAAUGUUGAGACUUAUCCAACUUUUGUAUACACCACUGGUAAAGAAAAACAAUGGUAUAAGUUCAAUGGUGGUUAUAGUGCUGAUAGUUUUGCACAGUUUACAGUGUAUCUACAGCGUGGGGUAGAUGCGGGUUCAUUCGCCGAUAUCGUCUCAGACCCACGAACAUUUAUGCAAGUAGAAAAGGAAAUGAUUGGUAUGCGUGUACCUAUGUUUGUAUACGUGCCGCCGACGAAUGCGGGUCCGAAGGAUAUUCCAUCAAGACAACGUGAAUCUCGACAGGCACGUUGGAAUACCGCCAUUGACGCUGCGAUUUCAUUAGGGAACAUUCGUUUUGGUGUAUUGUACGCCGAUGAUAUACCGGCAGAUUGGGCGGAGCAAGUUGGAUCAUCAUCAUCAUUUGCAGCGAUCUUAACAGCGGUCCGUAAAGGUUGUAAAGGCACUGGACCUAAUGGGGAAAUAUUUAUUGUCUACUCCGACGCCUACCGCACACCACAGUGCUAUGAAGAGAGUCCAUGGCUUGCAGAAGAGGAUAAGAAUAACAAGGAUAAAAAUAAGAAAAAUGAAAAUGGAUUAGUGGAGUUACACCCACAAUUUGCGGCUUAUCUCACAUAUAAUGGGUUUCGGGCAGUGGAGGAGGUAACGGGUUCCUUCUUUUCUGUUAUCUCUAGUUUCAAUCAUCACUUCUUGGGACUUCUUCUCACCAAUGGAACCUUAUCACAAUCCGAUACUACUAUGAUGCCAGUAUUACGAGAUAUUGUGCAAGCAAAAAAUGAAAAACGACUUACAACUGCCACUAUAGAUGGUGAUCAUCAUCAUGAUAAUACUACUAAUACUAAUACUACUAAUACUGUAGGGAACGGUAAAUCCAACCGUCGUAUCUCUUUGGCACAUGCUGAUACACUUACACAACCAGUGUGGAAGUUUCGUUAUCAUGUGGAAUCGAAUGAACUCCCCGCAUUUAUUGUAGUCGAUCCACGACGUGAUAAAGUGUAUCGACUACGAGUUCACUCUCCACGAUUUGAGGAGAUCAAGUUAAAUAUACCGUGGAAGAUUGGAGGAGAACAGCAAACGAUCAUUACACAGUUUCUACAAGAUGUAGAAGAAGGUCAAAUGCAAGGGGAAAAAAUGUCCUUUAUGGGUGAUGUUGCCGAGUUCUUACUUCAUUUACCUGGUAUGGAGUUUGUUUACGAGAAACUAGGCUACGACGAUGCACUGUUCGUUACCAUGUUCUUUGGGUUUGGCUUCUUUGCAUUUAUUAUGUUCAUUGCAGUUGUGGUAGAGCCAAUCAUGGAACGCCGCAUGAAGGAACAAGCGAAGAAGGCGAAGAAGGACUAA